AUGAAGUGGAUAUUCUUUUACCGCUUUCUUGAGUGUAUGGAGUUGUUUUAUCAUGAAGACAUCUCACUUAGUCUGAUUACUGAGCAGUUGCCUGGUUGUCUGUGCAAGAAUAUUUGCAGUUUAAACAAUGGUUGUACUUGUCUAUCGAAGUCUGGGAAAUCAUAUGACGCGAAUGGUCUGCUGAUUAAUUUUGUCAAGCCUGUUUUUGAAUGCAACAGUGAAUGUAAAUGUAGUCAGUCCUGUGCUAAUCGAGUUGUCCAGAACUAUUUACAAGAUGCUCAGAAUUCAUUUGAGUCUGAUUACUCUAAUAAAAUCUGUGUGAGCAACUACCCAAUUAUGGGUGAAGUGAUCCCUUAUAAAGAAGCUUGUUUAAGAGAAGCUCGUCAACUUUCCUCUUAUGGUCGUAAUUACAUUUUGAUAUUGCGCGAAUAUAGUGAAAAUCGUCUUGUGUCAGAAACGUGCAUUGAUGGUAAUCAAGAAUUAUGGGGUUCUGUGAAGUCAAAAGCACGCUUCAUUAACCAUUCCUGCACACCAAACUUAACCGUGAUUCCUGUUCGAGUUGAUAGUUUUAUUCCUUAUUUGGCUUUGUUUGCAAACAAGACCAUUUUAUCAGGCACACAAUUAUCAUAUGAUUAUGCACAAUCUGUACCAGGUGACAAAAUGCGGCUGUCCAGGACACCUUGUUUGUGCAACUCAGAAUCAUGCCGCAUAUAUAUGCCUGAAGUAUGA